AUGCGUCUGUUGAGCCCUUUCAUAAAUUCUACCGAGGAGGAAAAGGGACUGACCAAGCUGAUUCGCUAUGUUCGCUCUGUAGAUUUGAGAUGGAUAUUUAGUGAAGUGGCUGAAUUUGAUUACGAAGCAUUCAUCGCAGAGCCUCAGGAAGGGAGUGAGCCAAAGAAACCGGUGUACGUCGUAGGUCUUUAA